GAAUCAGAGGGCGGGCCUGCCGCGGAGGCCUCUGGGAAACGGAGUUCCCAGGUAGGCGAAGCCCAGAGGCCGUCGGGAAGUCCGCGGCGCCUGCGCGGACGCCACAGACUCAGGAUGCGCGCGCAGCGCUCUCCGCCCAGCGGAAGUUUUCGCGGGGCAACCGAGAAGGUCGCUGUCAAAAUGGAGUUUCCAGCCCAGUAAAUCCAAGGGCCAGACCGUGACUUCAUAAAGCAUGAUCUCCUUCUGUCCAGACUGUGGCAAAAGUAUCCAAGCGGCAUUCAAGUUCUGCCCCUACUGUGGAAAUUCUCUGCCCAUAGAGGACCAUGUGGGGUCCGAAACCUCUGUCAGUCCGCCAGUGUCAUCCUUCCAAGGCUCAAAGAGAGGGCUGAACUCCAGUUUUGAAACCUCUCCUAAGAAAGUGAAAUGGUCCAGCACCGUCACCUCUCCCCGAUUAUCCCUCUUCUCAGAUGGUGACAGUUCUGAGUCUGAAGAUACUCUGAGUUCCUCUGAGAGAUCCAAAGGCUCCGGGAGCAGACCCCCAACCCCCAAAAGCAGCCCUCAGAAGACCAGGAAGAGCCCUCAGAAGACCAGCUGCAGCCCUCAGAAGACCAAGCAGAGCCCUCAGAAGACCAGCUGCAGCCCUCAGAAGACCAGGCAGAGCCCUCAGACGCUGAAGCGGAGCCCUCAGACGCUGAAGCGGAGCCGGGUGACCACCUCACUUGAAGCGUUGCCCACAGGGACAGUGCUGACAGACAAGAGUGGGCGACAGUGGAAGCUGGAGUUCCUCCAGACCAGGGACGACCAGGGCAUUCUCUAUGAAGCUGCACCCACCUCCGCCCUCGCCUGUGACUCAGGACCCCAGAAGCAAAAGUUCUCGCUCAAACUGGAUGCCAAGAAUGGGCGCUUGUUCAAUGAGCAGAACUUCUUCCAGCGGGCCGCCAAGCCUCUGCAAGUCAACAAGUGGAAGAAGCUGUACUCCACCCCGCAACUGGCUGUCCCUACCUGCAUGGGUUUUGGUGUUCACCAGGACAAAUACAGAUUCUUGGUGUUACCCAGCCUGGGGAGGAGCCUUCAGUCGGUCCUGGAUGUCAGCCCAAAGCAUGUGCUGUCAGAGAGGUCUGUGCUGCAGGUGGCCUGCCGGCUGCUGGAUGCCCUGGAGUUCCUCCAUGAGAAUGAGUAUGUUCAUGGAAAUGUGACAGCUGAAAAUAUCUUUGUGGAUCCAGAGGACCGGAGUCAGGUGACCUUGGCAGGCUAUGGCUUCGCCUUCCGCUAUUGCCCGGGUGGCAAACACGUGGCCUAUGUGGAAGGCAGCAGGAGCCCUCACGAGGGGGACCUUGAGUUCAUUAGCAUGGACCUGCACAAGGGAUGCGGGCCAUCCCGCCGCAGCGACCUCCAGAGCCUGGGCUACUGCAUGCUGAAGUGGCUCUACGGGUUUCUGCCAUGGACAAACUGCCUUCCUAACACUGAGGACAUCAUGAAGCAAAAACAGAAGUUGCCUUGGCAUUCACUUGAAUCCGCCUCCGGGGGAACGCCUCCCUCCCUGUGUGUCAGCCACAGACAGCCUACUUGGCCCCACUGGCCCCCACAUCCCACUGAACUGUGCAGAUGCCACAGCGACCCCCUCUCAGGCACAGCGUGACCUCCAGGAACUCGAGCCUGCUUGCUUUGAACCCACCAGUUAAAAUCCCCUCAAAAUGUGUGGAUACCGCCCAUUGGCCCCUCACGCAACCAUGAGCUCCCUGACCUGUGUGUGUGCGUGUGUCUGUCUGUGGGUGUCUGUGUGUGUGCGUGGGAUGGGGGGGAGGUCCCCUUUGGGUGUGUCGUGUGCCCCCAGGACCUGUGAGUAAUAAAAUAUUUAUUUUCAUCUUGGAUCUUUCCUCAUCGUCGAAGGAAUCCUCUCCAUCUUAAGGAUCCCAGAUUAAAAUAGAGUUCAGUGCUAA